AUGACCGAUCCAUGUCUGCCCGACUUCUGGAGCAGGCACUACCGGCCCAUGCCUGGUUUUAUUGCCAUGCUUGCAAUGUUCGUGGUGGUUUCAAUAGAAAUGUUCUUCGCGGGCAAAGGAGCAGGACAUAGUCAUGGCAGUGAAUGGGACGGGGUACCAGAGGCACCCCGAAGCGCACCGUCGCGGAGAGGCGAGUCGUCCCAGGGUAAUGGCCAUAUAUCACUCAAUCAGUUGGACACACCCCUCACGCCAUAUAGCGAUGGCACCCCAAAGCCCCAGAACUCUACAUCUAGUGACUCGGAUUCAGAGGAUGAUCUCGAUGCCCUGGAUCCGAUAGCAGACGAAUCUGCGACUCUCAACCACCCUCACAAAAGGAAACUGUCAGAGUACGACGACAGCGCACUGCAUCGACAUGCAGCUCCCUCAGACGAAAAUCCUCAGAGACUGUUUCUUCAGUGUUUGCUUCUCGAGGCAGGCAUUUUAUUCCACAGCAUCUUUAUUGGCAUGGCCGUUUCUGUCGCCACGGGAACCCAAUUUGUGGUGCUAUUGAUCGCGAUAUGUUUUCAUCAAACCUUCGAAGGGUUUGCAUUGGGAGCCCGGAUCGCAGCACUAAUACCCAAAUUGUUUGAUGCGAGCAGUCCAAAGCCGUGGUUGAUGGCGUUGGCCUAUGGAGCUACCACACCAAUUGGUCAGGCAAUUGGAAUUUGGAUGCGAGAACUAUACGACCCUGCUUCGAAGGUAGGAUUGCUGAUGGUGGGAAUCACGAAUGCCAUCAGCAGUGGAUUGUUGUUGUUUGCUGGACUUGUCCAGCUUAUUGCCGAAGACUUUCUCAGUGAGAAAAGCUAUGUCACUUUGAAAGGCCGUCGGAGGAUUGAAGCCUGUCUUGCUGUUGGAUUAGGUGCGCUUCUCAUGGCUAUUGUCGGAGCGUUUGCAUAG